AGGAGCAGAAUGAAUUAGUUGAAUCGGCAGCAGAGAUGUUAUAUGGUUUGAUUCAUGUUCGGUACAUUUUGACUACCAAGGGAAUGGCCGCAAUGUUGGAGAAGUACAAAAACUACGACUUUGGAAGAUGCCCGCGAGUUUAUUGCAGUGGACAGCCUUGCCUUCCUGUUGGUCAAUCAGAUAUUCCGCGCUCAAGUACUGUAAAAAUAUACUGUCCCAAGUGUGAGGACAUUUAUUACCCCCGAUCAAAGUACCAAGGCAAUAUUGACGGGGCUUACUUUGGGACAACAUUUCCUCAUCUCUUCUUGAUGACUUAUGGACACCUCAAGCCGCAAAAACCAACACAAAAUUAUACUCCCAGGGUGUUUGGUUUCAAGAUCCACAAGACUUGACAGUGAAGCCGUUGUGAAGAGAUCAUAUUUUCUGCCAGUAAUGAUUCAUACCUGGCUUUUGAUGUACAAUUCGUCAUGGUAGAGGCAGUUGAAGAAGAGGAGCUCUUGAUAAUGAUGAAAAAUUGUUCUUCGUCGAUGGAAGGCAGCUUGGGCCAAUCUGUCAAGUGAAAUUUGUUCCCAAAAUAUCGUCGUAAAUUUACAAGAGCUUUGUAAGCUUAAUUCUUUACCAGUUUGAGAAUGGAUUUAUGUUUCCUCAUCAACCACUUUUCGUGGCUGUCCGUUGAUCCUUUGAUCUAGCUUCUGAACUUACCACUACCAUUUUCCAACAGAGGUACUCAUCAGGAUUCUAGACUAGUGUACGUCGGGGUUUCACCCUUCUUUGUAGGACAAUUUCCAGUUGUAAUGAUGUGAUUGUAUCGAAAUUGUUAUCCAAGCUAAAGUUGUAUGCUGAUACAUAAAUCUUGAGGCAUGCGCCCUUCUUUAUGUUUGCAUUCUCUGUUUUGAAUUAUGUUAUAUUUGAAAUAUAACAAUUCUGGCU